AUGAGCGCAUGCAAGAGCAAUAUUGACGGCAAAAAUGUCGCUGCUCUUGCUUAUGUAACUGAAAUACAAGGCGACCCACGUGAAAUCACUUUGAAGAAGGUAGAAGAUUCAUACGCCGUACUAAAGGAACCGCUAUUUGUCGAAGAUAUAUCCCUCUGCUGUAACGCAUUAAACGGGCUACCAGGGCCCUAUAUAAAGGACUUCUUAACACGGCUAGGACCAGAGAAGUUAUACCAAAUGUUAAAUGGCUUUGAUGACAAGACAGCCACAGCGUUGUGUUGCAUAGGCUACAUGGACGAAAAUACUACAAAAAUAUUCGAAGGAAGAGUUAAAGGGAAAUUUGUAGAACCAAGGGGAACCAGAACGUUUGGAUGGGACGACCUUUUCGAGGUAGAACAAGUUGGAAAAACAUUUGGGGAAAUGGCCAGUGAAGAAAAAAAUAAAAUAUCACACAGGUUUCGCGCAGCAAUACAACUCAAAGACCGUGCCGUAAGAGAAGUGCCAUGGAGAUCUAGGUUUGAUAUACUUAAGGAAAGAGUGAAACCGAGGUAUAUGGCAGAAUGUAUAGGCACACCCAGACGAGAAUAUCAAGAAAAUGUUAUUAACGGAAUAAGGAUCGCACCAACCUUCAAUCCAUAUCUACAACUAAACAAGGAAAAACGAUAUAGGCUAGAUAACUGGCCUUCAAGGAAUUGGGACGACUGGAACCCGUCACAAUGCUACGUACGAGGAGGAAGGCGUAGGCAUGCUGUCCCAAAGGCAUUCUUGCCGAUUAAGGAUGAACUUGGAGAGGCCCAUCCACCCAAAAUAUCAGCCAGAUAUAGAGCUGAUAUAGAAAAACAAUACUACAUGAACGGCCUCCCAUGGGUAUGGAAUGUCGAUUAUUACCUUGGAAAGGUACACUACCACGACAGGGACAUACUACAUCCCAAAGUCUGGUACAGACACGCCUUCAGGAAACAAAGAAUGGAAAUGGAACUUAAAAAACUAGACAAGCAUCUUGAAGACUACAGGGAACAAAAUAGGUUGAAGAAGAGAUAUGCCUAUUUCGAAAAAGCAGUAGCAGCAAUUGCAGGAGAGGAGCUAGCCUCGAAGUAUAUCAGGCAAAGGAAGAUAGCAAAAAGGUUUGUCGGGGCCGGCCGUCGGACGCGAUCAAAACCUGGCCGUGAAGGAGCUACAGCUUUAAGGACGCUUGUCCACACUGCACGGGCAAUAAAAAUAGCGUCCUUUAGACCGCACAAUCGGAUUCAAAGGGCACGUGUACAGCAGAUACAUAGAAUAACAUCUAAAUGUGCUGAAAAGUCAAUCUACAAAAGCUUGCUUCAACAAUCGACGCCAAACGUCCUGAAGCAAGUGGCGGAUUCUAGGAUACAGUAUUUGUCGCCAUUCGACUCAGCAGCGAUACUAAAAAAAAUACUUGAAAACACAGAUCGUAAAGGAAUAGCAGAAAUAAGGAGAAACCCUUUCUACCGGCCAGUCACUUCAAAAAUCAUCGCAAGCGUCGAACGAUACAGGAGGGAACUGCUCUUCUUCUUUCUCACAAAGUUCUACGAACUACAUGAUACACAUGCUAUUAAAAGUAUAACACGUGUAUUCGUUGGGUCAAAAGCCGCUGAUAUACAAAACACGAACCAAAUUGUUGAACUGCUCUACUACGCCGCCCAUCACAUACCAAAAGGAAUACAAACACAAGAGGGACGGAAGGCAGAAGCGGAACACCAUAUAGAGGAAGCUUCGGAAGAACAUAUUCGCAUAUAUUGUGAAUGUGUGAGGCAGCUACAACGUGAGCUAACGUCAAAGGUUACAGAGCUCAAGGACAGGACACUGAUAUACAAGCUGACUACCGCCCUGCCAAAACUGCCAACGACACAGUACACGGGCAUAGUAUCAAAGGCUGUUGUUAACAAAGCAAAAAUAGAAUUAGCAAACAAUAAAUGGGAUCACAAAAAAUUGAAUAAGGUUGUAAGGGCCUUAGAAGAAUUUGGAGCAAUUGAUGAUGAUACGAUUCAGCACAUAAUACACGCCCUGGAGCCAAAACAAGAUAAUCUCGAAGAAUCGGAUACGGAAUACAUUCUACAACUCUUGGAAACAUUCGACAACAGCGCGUGGAUUAAAAUGGAGAGCCAAAGGACCACAAUAAUACCAACAGAAGCGAUACUCUCGCUCUCAAAAACACACCCACUUUUCCAGAGCGACAGAGUAACGCUCAGCGAUGAAGCAGCUGCACUCAUUGCCAAUACGGUCGAGUUCAAGAUGAAACAAAUCAUACAAAUGGCACAUAGGUUCAUGAUCAAAAGUUGCAGAUAUGUUGAUACACAACCGAUGCUGCUGCCAAACGAUAUCAGGGAUGCUCUCAGAACACUCAGAAUGGAAAGUCUUGACGGUUACAAUAAUUGUUACGAUUACCGCUAUGUCAUAUCAUCCAAGUUAUACAAGGGUAACCGAGUCGUAAAACGCGAGUCAACACUGAAAAAUGCUAUGGAUGAAAGAUGCUGGGGACGACAAAAACUUACAGAUAUUGUCACGCGAGACAUGCAAAAGGCCAUACCUGCACAACCAGGAUUAACUGUACACUGGAUGCUUGUCAAUGGCAAUGUCCCAGCUUUGGCAAGUAAUAUGACACAAUGUGUCACCGAAGAGUUCAAACAGGAAGCCAAACGUCAAAUGGUACGACUUGCACUCGACCAUGUGAAUUUUCUGAAUUCCGAAGAUGCAAACAAACAACUCUCUGAAGUGGAAAAUCUUGUAGCAAAAACUAAACUUCCAAUGAACUUAAGUAUCGCUGGGAGUGGCAACGCAGUGGAAAUGGCAAUUGUGGAUUCUCUUCAACGUCACCUGGGUAACGCCACGGAAGGGCCCACGGACAAAAGCGCUGAUGACAAAUCAUCAAAGUUUCCCACUAUCACCAUUCCCAAGGUGGAACACAUACUCACGAAAGAACAAAGGUUCUUCCUCAAGGAAAUCAAAAACACGGUCAAAAGAGCAUCCAAUUCAAUGGAUCAUCAGGUUCACGUGCAGCUCGGGAAAGUACUGUCAAUAUUGAAGAACUCUCCGGCACUUGACCAACUACUACCGGAACUUACUGCAUUUUUUGUUUCAGAGAUAGAAAGGUCAACCGGUGAUGUGGAAGCCAUACUGAAGUUUGCGGAGGCCAUUACAGCCAACAAUAAGAUACAAAUCCAUUAUCAUGUACAUCAGCUUGUUGCGCCACUACUUACCUUAAUAUUGAAGCAUGAUGAAGAACAAGACCUGCAAUCAGUUCACAGGAAUCUCUGUCUCAGAAGAUUGGCAGCCAAGACGCUGGGUAACAUUGCUAAAAGCCUAAGGGACGCGAAAUCGGGACUCGAGGGUAUUGAUCAAUACCUCAUGACGCUAUACAAAAGAGCUGUGUUAGAUGAAAAUUGUUCACUCACAGUACUCUAUGGUGCAAUGUGUGGAAUGUCGCAUCUACCGUUGGCAGCCAAACGAAUGCUAUUCUUCCCUAUUGUUCCACUGAUACUGUCGGUAUUGUACAAAAAACAUGUACAAGCACACGACAGGUACGUUAAAAGUGGUUCGAAGAUGGAAGAAUUCAAGUGCUUCACGUGUCAAGAAAUUGUACAGUUGUCGAUGGUCAUGCUAUAUGAGGCCUGCUUCGAGGACAUAUUGGAGUGUGUCCGGGAAACGGGAUUAUUUAGCAUAUCAUAUGAGGCGCAAAUUAUGAUUAAAGAAACUCUAGAUGGAUAUGUGGACAAAACAAUCAACCCCGAACAUUUCCUGCCGCUAUAUACUGCAAUACUAUCCAGGUGUUUCGAAAUCCUAAAGCCAAAGAAGGGUAUCGAAGCGGAAACGGAGAAUAGAAAAUCUCUCCCCGAGAUAGAAAACGCAGAACGGUAUCACAAAAUGUAUCAAGGAGGAAGGAAUGUGAAGCGUCAGAAGGUCCAAGUGGAAACCAAUGCCAUUACAAAGAAAACGUAUUCUAGUGCUGUGGAACAGAUGGCGGCGCCUUGGUACAUAGGGCAGGCGACCCACGUACUGACACUUACUAUGUAA